AGAAAAGCGCACAUCAGCUCUAAAACAAAUUAAAGAAGAUAUGCAGAUAGCAGGACUUACUAUUGCAGAAGUAAAAACUAAAUUCAAGAAUAUCCGGAGUACGUACUAAUUAGAAAUCAAUAAAAUUGAAAAAUCAACAAGGUCUGGUGCUGGAGGCAACAUUUAUGUGCCGAAGGUGAAGUGGUUUGAUGCAUUUAUCAAGAAUGCAGCAGUACGACGAACGACUAUGGACAAUAUACAAAAGAAUAAUAAUGAUAGUGACUUUUCCAACAAUCAGGUUCGUUUGCCAGAUGCACUGCGCCCAGAAAACGAGUCUCAGGUUGCUCAGCCAGGUACACCAUACACCAUGUACGGAAAAUGAGUCUCCGGUUGCUCCGCAAUGUACGACGCGCUCAGCAUAUGGGUCACCUGCAGAAAAACUGACACCGCCCAUGAGAUCUGAGCGCAGCAAAUUAUCUCAAAUGGCUUCAAUGAUUAAUGAUUUAAAACAUAUAAACGAUGACAAUAUACCGAUAACCGAAGAAACUGAAUAUGAUAUCUUUGGAAAGAGUGUUUCAUCACAACUGAAAAAGCUGUCAGAGGAACAGGCCAUUAUCGUCCAGGAAAAGAUACAGAGCAAAUUAACGCAAUGCAGACUUGCUCAUUUGAGAGCCAAUACGUUCAAUACAGCAGCUACCCAAAAUCCUCAACGUUCCCUAUCGAUGCACCAAUUACAAAAUACUCAGUUCUCCCAAUGGAUUUCAACACAAUCUAAUACAACUGACCAAUAUUGCUAAUCAAGCUUCCAGCCAACUCUAACUUGUCCACCGCCAGAAGUUAGUCCACCUAACACUUCAACUUCGUCUACUUUUAGUUUCCACCACGACGAGAACAGUCAGUUUGCACAGUCUCCUCAAGGUAGCUCCGAUGACCACACAACAUCUGUUGAUAUAAUACAACUUGCUUUCAAUACUGCAACUUGAAA